AUUGCUAGAGAAUGGCUUCUGUUUUUCUUUCAUAUGAUAUGAUUUGGAUGAUCAAUGACACAUGAACUAUUUUUUUUUUCAAUUUUUCUUAUAUUUUAUUUUCUGAUUUAGACUCAAUUGCUUUACCAAGAAGAAAAAGAGAGCAGCACUCGUGAUUCUUGGACGUGACUCGCGCGUUCGCACUCGCGCAGAAGAAGAGUUCUGUUCCUUGUUGAAAACCCUUGGAUUCAUCCAACCGGCGAAGAAGAAGAAGAGGAUCGAAGGGUUUUAGAGAGAUGGAGGCAUCAUCAGUUCUGGCGGAGGACGGGGCUCCUCCUCCGCCACCACCGCCGCUGCCGCUCCCACCGCCAAAUGAGAAUGGAAACGAUGCUGGGGCCGGCGGCGCGGCCGUGGAAUCUGGGAACCGGGACGGGCUCGUGGAAGUGUUCAGCCAUCGCGUCGAUGACCUAACCUCCAAGGCCGAUGAGCUGGAGCAAAAGGUGAAUGAGAUCGUGCAGUUCUAUGCGCGUAAGAUGCCGUCCAAUAAUUGGAAGGGGAGCUCGGUCAUGAAGGAUAAAGAAAAGGAGAAAGCUUUUGGGAUUAACAAUCACAUUAACAUGGUAAAUAAUAGUGGAAGAAACAGUAAUGCUAAGAAGCAGGUGGAUGGGCGUCGAAAGGAAGUGGUUCGCUCGAUAACAAUGCAGGAGCUUAUGCGUCGGUUUGGCACGAUAUUGAAGCAGAUAACACAACACAAGUGGGCUUGGCCAUUUAUGAAACCUGUCCAAGUUGAAGCUCUUGGUCUCCAUGAUUACUAUGAGGUUAUUAAGAAGCCCAUGGACUUCAGUACUAUCAAAAAUCAGAUGGAAGCAAAGGAUGGCUGCAGAUAUAAGAAUGUCCGGGAAAUAUAUGCUGAUGUAAUAUUAGUCUUCACAAAUGCAAUGACAUACAAUGAUGAGGGAAGUCAUGUUCAUGUAAUGGCCAAAACGUUGCUGGAGAUAUUUGAAAAAAAAUGGUUGCAAUUAUUGCCCAAAGUGGUUCAAGAGGAAAAAAUACGAAAGGAGGAGGCAGCGGCGCAAGCACUAGCAAAUAUGCAGAUUGCUCAAGAGGCUGUUUUUGCAAAAAUGGCAAGAGAGACAAGCAAUGGGCUUGAUGAGCUCAAUUUGCACUUAGAAGAACUCAAGGAAUCAGUGAUCCAGAGAUGCAGAAAAAUGUCUGCAGAUGAGAAAAGAAAACUUUGCAUGGGGCUGAGGUUUUUAUCCCCUGAAUAUCUUGACGAGGCCUUAGAUAUUAUUGCUCAACACGAUCCAAGCUUCCAAGCUACAGCUGAAGAGGUGGACUUUGAUAUGGAUGCUCAGAGUGAAAGCACAUUGUGGAAGCUCAAAUUCUUUGUGAAGAGCGCAUUGGAACUUCAAGCCAAAAAUUCAGCAAGCAAGGUUGAUGACAACUCUAAGCGGAAGAAGGAGAUAUGUGAUGCUCCAGCCAAGACUGCAAAGAAACGGAAGAAAAAGCUUUCCUCAUGAUAUCAUUUUAUUUAUUUAUGAAACCCAUGCACCUAUUAACCUGACAGAUAAGUGAAAUAUCAGAUAUUAAGUGCUAGACAACAAUUAGAUAAUGUUGUUCGGAGGACACUCUUUUCGUGAGUUGCCAUUUAGAAGAAAUUUUGGUUAAAGAGGGUCGGUAUGAAUUACAGUGAUCAUGAAAUGUUAAACCUAGCAGAACCUAUGGUGCAGCUAGAAAUGAAUUCCAACGUUUUUGCUAUUGACAGGAUGGAUUGUCCUCAUAGAUGGGUUCUUGAUAAACAUUAAUGAAAUGUCUGCUGAAUGCCUUGUGCACAA